UCUCUCACUCUCACUGAUUCUCUCUCUCUCUGAGGCCGGCAUGGAUAGAAGGCUCUGCUUUGUUGUUGUUCUUGUUGUACUAGCUAUUAGCAGCUGGUGCUGUAGUGCAAAAGAUUUAGCAGCUGCUGACCUUAAGACACAAUCCUUAGAUGUCUCAGAGAAACAAGUUGAAGGCAGUCUGUGCGUACAGUGUAAAGAAUUUGUGACCACCUAUUCUGAUGAGCAGAAACAAAGGGAGUUAAUUAACAGCCUUCACAAUUACUGCAAAAAUAUUGGUGCAAUAACGGAUAAUCCUGCGUGGGGGCAACAGUGCAUUAACAAUGUGGAUCAAACGCUUCCUAAUAUAUUCGAAAUGAUCUCCUCCUCAACGCCUGAAACAAUCUGCAAAUUGUUCUGUGAAGGAGUUGUUUCCAUUUCUCAAUAUGCGGAAUCCACAGAGAAACAAGUUCAAGUCAGCGGAAAUGAAGAUCAGUGCUUAAAGUGUAAACAACUUGUGGUCACCUAUUCUGAUAAGCAGAAACAAAGCCAGAUAAUUAACGCCCUUCACAGUUUCUGCCAAAUUAAUUUUCCGUUCCCACAACAGUGCAUUAACCAGUUUGAACCAAUUCUUACUAAUUUAUUCAAACUGAUCAACUCCUCAACGCCUGAAAGUCUCUGCAAAUUGUUCAAUUUCUGUGAAGGAGCUGUUUCCAUUUCUCAACAAAGUGCAAGAAACUUGUUUUCGAAUAUGCCCCUCCAAUUCUGGUGAACGCCGAGCAGUUCCCAGUAACAAAUGACAUCUGCACUUUGCUGCAUGUUAGCGACUCGCCAACUCUUGGAAUUGAGCAUUCUGCAUCUUAAGGAAGAAAACCAGUGGAAACCUUAGCUUGUUCACAUGUUGUAGACUGUGGUUUGCUUUAUUUUACAACCUUGUUCACAUGUUGUAGACUGUGGUUUGCUUUCUUUUGCAACCUUGUUCACUUGUUGUAGACUGUGGUUUGCUUGCUUUUACAACCUUGUUCACAUGUUGUAGACUGUGGUUUGCUUGCUUUUACAACCUUGUUCACAUGUUGUAGACUGUGGUUCACUUGUACGCGUAUUGCGCAAAUAAUCCAAUGUUCAAUGUGUAUUUUCAAAUUAGUGUUUUUGAAUU